AAAGAUAGAUAGAUAGAGUGAGCGAGAACGAGAACGGGGAAGGGGACCGAGAAGACUCUAAAGAACCCUUGGCUUUUUACAAUAAUAAGAAGCUCGAAAAAUUAUCAUCCACGAGAAAAUGUCGUACAUCCAAGUAGCGGAGGAUGAGGGCGAGGAGCCGAUAGAACUGCCGACCGAGGACGACAGUACCCUGCUCCUGACGACGCUUUCUGCCCAGUUCCCGGGCACCUGCGGACUUAAGUAUCGCAAUCCCGAGUCGCGGGCAAUGCGGGGCGUCCGGCUGGUCGAAGGCAGACUCCAUCCGCCCGAGAGUGGCUGGGGCAAGGCAGUCUAUUUCUGCGUCUUCCCGAAAGAAAAUAAACGCAAGUCCGAUGAUAAUUUGGAAAAUUCGACUGCAAAGACUAAACGCAUGGAGACAAAGCUACGCUGCACUGACUUGAUUGUGCUUGGCUUACCAUGGAAGACAACCGAGCAAAAUCUCAGAGAAUAUUUUGAAACUUUUGGAGAAGUUUUAAUGGCGCAAGUAAAGAAAGAUGCAAAAUCUGGACAAAGUAAAGGAUUUGGAUUCAUUAGGUUUGGAAGUUAUGAAUCUCAAUUGAGAUGCCUUGCCCAACGCCAUAUGAUCGAUGGCAGAUGGUGCGAUGUCAAAGUCCCAAAUAGUAAGGAGGGCAUGAUACAACAAGUGCCGUGCAAGGUGUUCGUGGGCCGUUGCACGGAAGACCUGACGGCCGACGACCUGCGCGACUAUUUCUCCAAGUUCGGCGAGGUGACGGACGUCUUCAUCCCCAAACCCUUCCGCGCCUUCUCCUUCGUAACCUUCCUCGAUCCCGAGGUCGCCCAGUCACUUUGCGGCGAGGAUCACAUAAUCAAGGGCGUCUCGGUCCACGUGUCCAACGCAGCCCCCAAGUCGGAAGGCAACAACCGGGCGAACUUUAACAAUCAGAUAAUCUCGAACAUGAGAGCGCGCGGGAUGUCGGGAGGCCCCAUCGACAAUAGCAUGCAGGGAAAUUACCAAGGUAACAGGUACAUGGGCCACUCGGGCAACAACAUGGGCCCGAACGGCUGGAACAAUCCGGGGAACCGCGGUAACCUCGACAUGCCCAAUCUCCAGGCGCUGGGCAUCACGGGCCAGAACAACGGUGGCGGCCAGGGCGGCGGGAUGUCCAACCCCUUGGCGAUGGGCGGCCUUAAUCUCUCGGCCCUGCCGAUGAAUCCGGCCCUGGUCGCGGCGGCGAUCAACCAGGCCUCCUGGGGCCUCAUUGGCAAUCUCCAGAACCAGGGAAACGACCAGGGCUACAGCAAUCAGCCGGGACCGCCGGGCCAGCCGCCAUCCGGCAACAACAGCAUCGGCAAUAGCGGCAACUCGGGCUUCCUCAGCUGGAUGAAUCAGGGCGGUGGCGCGGGCGGCGGCGGCGGCGACGGCAACACCGGCAAUCCGGGUUCCGGGGGUCCGGGCGGGCCCAACAAUCCCAAUGCUUCGCAGGGCGCCUGGCAAAACCACCCGGGGCAGCGCGAGCCCAAGUCGAAUACAUUUCUUAAGUACGAGUAAAUUCCGCAGGGACUCUGAGUCUACUCGUAAAAGGCGGGCCCGUUCCCUGAGUCCCGACGUUAACAUUGUCAUAGCCACGGAUGAUCGCGAGACGCCGCGACAGCAGCAACAGCAACAACAGCAACAACAACACCAACACCAACACCAACACCAACACCAACACCAA